AUGCCAGUCUCUGUCCGGUCUCAGGAUCUCGGCGUGCGCACCCAGAUUGACCGCUGGCUGGAGGCCAACGAAAAUCCACUACCCAGACUUGAUGCGAGUCUUCUCAUCACUCACAUUAUGCCGGAGACAGUGGACGUUCGCAUCGAGAUGAUCUCGCAACAGGCUCGCCAUCCUCUAGAUGUUCGUGACCCAUUUGAGGUCACUCCCUCAUUUGUCGCCCUCAUCAUCUCUGUCCACUUCCCUACGUCCGCCUCCUUGCCUCCGCGGCUCCUUAACAGCCCACCCGGUCUACUGGAAACAUGGAAGGGAAAGCGGUUAGAGCCCGACGCACCCCGCUGGGCCCACAGAAUGCAAGUCGGGGAUGUUCAGCGCUUCUCGCAACCCCGCUCUACCGUCCCAGACUUCUUUGCGGAACUUGCGAAGUCUUACAUGAACAUAUCUGAGGGUUACUCACCUGCCAUGCUGCGCUGGGCCAGUGACGUUGCAGCUGUUCGUUCGGCUCGACGAGAGGUUAUGCAGAGUCCCUUCGAGGUUGAGAACCGCAGUAUUCCGUUGCGCCGCUCUUCGCGCUUCAUAGAGAGUAGGGUUAUUCCCUCGAAAAGGGCGCCUGCUUUGUAA